GACAGAGAGAGUGAGAAAUGGAGAUGAUAGUUGUCUGGUUGAUAGGCUCAAAAAUAGUUUUCCCGUCAAAUGACACUUUUUUUUUCCUCCUCUCAAUAUUCGCUUGAUGUAAUAAUCGUCUGUUCGCGAUUGAGUUAUCGCAAACAUGAGGAGAGGAGAGACAGACUCGUGUGUGGAGGAUCGUGAGAGACGGGGAGUGUCUGAGAUUGGGGAAUAAGUCAUAUGUAAUGAGCGUCUCAUCUCAGUUGAUGGCAAUUUCUCAUUCGUAAAGCAUUAAUUUCAACUUUUGCUCUCAAAAACUCGCGCUUUUCAGUUUGAAUUUCUCUUGCAAUUUCAUACACAAUUCAUUAGUUGUUCACCGUGAGAAGAGUUACGGAACGCAUUUUAUUUUAUUGAUGUUGUGUGUAUAUAAAAUAAUGUUGCUGAAUGGACGAAAAAAGUGUUCCAAUUCUUGUGUUGUGUGGAUAGAUUAGAGAGAUGCAAGUUGUAUUGUUGCGCAGUUCAAUUUCCUGUUUAUUGACAAGACAGACUUCAAUAGAGAGACAAAUAAAAAAAAAUUGAAUUGCUGUUAAAAUAUCUGUGAGAACUGUUGAAAGUGAUUGAUUAGCAGGGGUAAAUAAAAUAAGCGUUUUGUCACUGAAAAACAGUGAUUUGAGCAGAGAGACAAACACGAGGGUUGAGCGAGAGUGCUAAAGGAACCGCCAAUAGACUCAACAAACUCUCUUAUCAAGCAUCUUCUCUACGUCAAUUUUACCCAUUUUUGGAACGGCGAAAGAAGUGAAAAUGAGGCAUAAUUGUGACUAGAGAGGAGGAGAAAAAACGCGAGAGUUUAAUAUACUAAUCGUGCAAAUGUGAGGCGAGGUCAAAAAAUUCUCAUUUGCAAAAUAACACUGGAGGAAAAAAAAAGAAAAAAAGGAAUGUGUCUCUUUUCUGCCCAUUUGGCGUGUGCGUCUCUCAAAUCACGAAAUCCGGGACAAUAUUGAUAAAACAAGAGGCACAUUGAGAACGUAUCUAUUUCUCCCCUUCGUCUUCGGUGCCUCUUCUCUUGUUUUCUGUUGGCGUUCGCGAAAGGAGCACACACGUUUGUGGUGUUUUUUUUUGUUCUCUGUGAAGUGAGCGCGCGACGGUGUGAAAGGAAGUGAAGAAGAACAUUGUUGGUUGGUGAGACGCUUCUGGAGGACGUCUGAAAGAGGAGGAAUUCAUUGGUUGGUUUUUUGCGAGCGCACAAGUUGCAGAGAGAAAGAAGAAAAAUGCCAUCGUGGCUUCGUAAAUCAUUUGAGUGGCUGAAGCAGAAGAAGAGUUUGAAGGCGAAGAAGAAGACUCAAUUGACGAAUGUGAGGGUGAAGAAUGACUUGAGUCCCAUCAAGAAGCAAUUUCGCGGUGAAAAAGAUAUCAAUAUCUACAGGGAUUAUGGCAAAUUCGUGGCUGAUGGAUAUUUCUUCUUCAAAGAUGAUGCACCAGAAUGUCGUAUCCAUUCAGCCAUGGUGUCAAAGGUGAACCCAGUCGCGCGGUCUGUUACUGUUGAGUGGUGCGAGGAGAACGAGACAAAGGGUAAAGAGGUGGAAUUGGACACAAUUCUCUCCCUCAAUGCCGACAUUCUCAAUGACCAGGAAUCCAGGUGUCGAAUGGAACCACCAGCGCCGGUUAACCUCAGUCGAGAAUCAUCACAUUCAUCUGUCGAAGAUGAUGUUUUCCCAAAUGAGGCGGAUGAAGAGGAAAAUUGUGCUGUGCAACAGAAUCAUGGGAGCAAUUCUGUUCCAACCGGGGGAACACUGUCUAUUCGGACUCCGGUAGCCGGAAAUAAAUCGAAUGCCACACAGGGCGCAAUUCGAUUAGGAAUUAGCAAUAAUAUUCACGAGCGCAACAAGAGACAAACGAGGUCCUCAUCAGCGACAGCGCAUCACGGCCAGCAGAACGGACAGGCUGAGCAAGUGGAAAACCUGCCGCCGGCUCAACAGCAGCAAAGUGGGACUAGAGUAACACGGGCUGGUGGCCAGACGACGAGGAUGUCCACGGUGUCAACAUCAGUGCCGGUGCCUGUGUCAUCGACAUCCACGGCUGGCUCGCAACGACUGUCUUAUGUGGUGAAAGAGGUGGAGAAGCUGAAGGAGAAUCGUGAGAAGCGACGAGCGCGUCAGGCGGAGCUCAAGGAGGAGAAGACGGCUCUGAUGAACAUGGAUCCGGGCAAUCCCAAUUGGGAAUCGGCCGCAAUGAUUCGUGAAUAUCAGAGUACAAUCAAUUUCAAUCCAAUUCACGAUGGCCAGGCGAUUGAGGACCACCAGAUCACUGUGUGCGUGCGAAAGAGGCCGCUGAAUAAGAAGGAGCUGGCGAAGAAGGAGCUCGAUGUGAUUACUGUGCCUGUGAAAGAUCAAAUGAUUGUCCAUGAACCCAAAACAAAGGUGGAUCUCACCAAGUUCCUUGAGAAUCACAAGUUCCGCUUUGACUAUGCAUUUGAUGACAAGUGCAACAAUGAGCUUGUGUACAAGUAUACAGCAAAACCGCUUGUGCAGACCAUCUUUGAGGGUGGCAUGGCCACAUGCUUUGCCUAUGGACAGACCGGGUCAGGGAAGACGCACACGAUGGGCGGUGAGUUCAAUGCCAGCGGAAAGGUGCAAGACUGCAAGAAUGGCAUCUACGCGAUGGCAGCUAAGGAUGUCUUCAACUAUCUGAAGAGCCCGCGAUACAGUCACCUGCGACUAGUUGUUUCGGCCAGCUUCUUCGAAAUAUACAGUGGAAAAGUAUUCGAUCUGCUGGCGAACAAGGAGCGCUUGCGAGUACUGGAGGAUGGCAAGCAGCAAGUGCAGGUUGUGGGACUCACGGAGAAAGUGGUGGAUGGUGUGGAUCAGGUGUUGAAGCUCAUCCAGCAUGGCAACAGUGCCCGGACAGCUGGUCAGACAGCUGCAAAUUCCAAUUCCUCACGAUCACACGCAGUGUUCCAGAUCGUCUUGAGGCCGCCAGGAGCGAGCAAGAUCCACGGGAAGUUCUCCUUCAUUGAUUUGGCCGGCAAUGAGCGCGGUGCUGAUACGUCGUCGGCCAAUCGGCAGACGCGCAUGGAGGGUGCGGAGAUCAACAAGUCCCUGCUGGCGCUGAAGGAGUGCAUCAGGGCGCUGGGCAAGCAGAGUGCCCACUUGCCUUUCCGCGUGAGCAAACUCACGCAAGUGCUGCGCGAUUCGUUUAUUGGGGAGAAGAGCAAGACUUGCAUGAUCGCCAUGAUAUCGCCCGGACUGAGCUCGUGCGAACACACGCUCAACACACUGCGCUAUGCGGAUCGCGUGAAGGAGUUGGUGGUGAAGGACACCGGAGCCGGUGAGAUGGACAUUGUGCCUGAUGAGAACAAGAAUGGACAGUCAAAUGGGAGCAAUGAUCUGGCACAGCUGCGAUCGCUCAGCGAUCACGAUAUGUCUGUUGAGCUCUUCAAUCAGCAUGCUGCAAUCUCGGACCUUCAGCACACUGAGGAGUUGCUUCAUGAGCAGCACCGAGCGAUGAUUGAGUGCUUGGAGAAUUAUCAUGGGGAGAUUCAGGAUCUCUUUGCUCUGGCCAACACGGUGGAUUAUGAUCAGGAUGCCUAUUGCAAGCGAGGCGAGGAGAUCUUCACGAAGGUGGCAGACAUUUCGACCGCCUGCAAGGAUCUGAUGAUUGAGUUCCGAGGAAAGCUGAUGAAGGAGGAACUCAUCUCGCACAAUGUCAGCCCUAAUCGGCGCUAGAGAAGAUCACUUGACGGCACUGGAGUUCGUCUCUCUAAAUUUUUACUACUGAACUCUGUUUUACUGAAUUCCUUUCUCUCUCUCUCUCUGCUGCUGCUGCUGAUGAGGAGUGUGUGAGAGGGAGAAAAAAUAUUGUGAGAAAAGAAGAAAGAAAGAAACAUACACAAAUUCCUGUUGCUAAUAAUGUUGAUUAUAUACUGACUAAUGAGGAUUAUUAUAUGUAUUUCAAUUGAGGUAGGGAUAUUUAAGGAUAAAGAAAAUGCUACUGACGAAAGCAAGCACAUGAGAAUAAUAACAGAGACACCAGUGUUGAAGGACAAUGUAAAAUUAAUAAUCAAAGAAAAGCAUCUUUUGAAAGACAUUUUAACAAAAUGAUAAAAUAUAUAUUUAUGAUGAAUUGUCUCGUGAGCGCGAGAACACAGAUUAUUAUAUAUAUAUAAUUGACUUUGGUGAGCUCAAAGAAUCGUCCUGUGCAGAGGACAAAUGCUGUAGUGUGUGAGAAAGGAGAAUAGGAUGAAAUGAUGAUUUUUGCGAAAGAAAAGAAUACUCGCCACUUAAACUUCGCUAAUUUUUAUAAUUUAAUUUAGGGAUUUUUUUAUACAUAAAUCAUCUUUGUUCAAUUUGUCCCCAAGACGUUCUUUAAUAAUGUUUUUAUCACACAAUUCUUUAUGCAAACGACUAAUUGUAAUUAAUAAAUAGAGAUGUGAAGUUGAAGACUAAUUUCAUUUAAAAGAAGAAAAAAAACAAUUUAAUAGCAAUUAAUGAGAGAAAUAGGUUCUUCUGUAAUGAGAGAAAGAGGAGAAGAAAAAAAAUCUCACUUUUCCAUUCAAAUUGACCAUUUUUCGAUAGAGAGAGAAAGAAGCAAGUCUUUUUGUAUUAAUUUUAAUGUCACGCCUCAUUUUCACUGUUCGCGCAUUGGAGCUUUUCUUCAUUUUUGAAUAAAUUUUUCUUAAUGUUUGUGAUAAUAUGCAGAGAAAAAAAAUGGAGGGAGAAAAAGUGAGGAAAAGUAUAAUGAUAAAUCAUGGAGAAAAAAAGAGAGUAUUUUUGUCUUCAAUGGAGAUGAGAUCACGGUCAUUUUCCACAGCUUUUUCUUUGUAAUAACAUUAUAAUAGUACUAUUUAUGCAAGUGAGAUGAGAAAAUCAUGCUUCACGAAGAGGGAAGAGAAGAAAUUGUAUUCGAAUUUGAGCCUAAACACUUUAUGACAUAUAAAAAUGCAUUUGCGAUCGGAGAAAAAACGAGAUAGAAAAGACAGAAAGAAUAUUUUCCAAAAAAAGAAAGAAAAGUUAAACAAAAUUAUAGUGUUGAACAGAAUAUCAAUGACAUUCCCAGAUGUCUUGUUUUUUCUACGAUGAUAAAAGCGCAGAAAAGGCAGAAAACAACCCAUUAUUAGGAUAUUUCCAAUUGUCCUUUAAGUUUGUAGACGAGAAAUGAGCUGUAUUUUUCUCUUAAUUUGAUUUUACCUACCAAAUCACACUCUGGUGGUGAUAACAGCAAAGGAGAAACAUUAAUAAACAUAAAAUGCGAUUA